AUGCUGCUGGGCCCCUGGCUGCUGGCGGCGGCGGCGGCGGUGGCGGCGGCGGGCGCGGGCUGCCCGGUGCUGUGCAGCUGCCGCGGGCAGGUGGUGGACUGCAGCGGGCAGCGGCUCUUCUCCGUGCCCCCCGAGCUGCCGCUGGACACGGGCAACCUGAGCCUGGCCCACAACCGCAUCGCCAGCAUCCCGCCGGGAUACCUGGGCUGCUACGGGCAGCUGCGCGCCCUCGACCUGCGCAACAACUCGCUGGCGGCUCUGCCGGCCGGGCUGUUCCGCGGCGCCCGGCGCCUGGCGCACCUGGACCUCAGCUACAACAACUUCAGCCUGGUGCCCGCCGACAUGUUCCGCGAGGCCAGCGCGCUGCUGCGCCUCGACCUCAGCCACAACCCGGGCCUGCGCCGCGUCCACCCCCAGGCCUUCCGCGGCCUGGCCCAGCUGCGCGAGCUGGACCUCAGCUACGGCGGCCUGGCCGCCCUCAGCCUCGACGCCCUGGAGGGGCUGCCCGGCCUCGUGGGGCUGCGCCUGGGGGGCAACCCCUGGCUCUGCGGCUGCGCCAUGGAACCCCUCCUCAAGUGGCUGCGGGGCCGCAUCCAGCGUUGCUCCUCGGAUUCGCAGCCAGCGGAGUGCUGGGCUCCCCCCGAGGUGGCGGGGGCCCCGCUCCUGUCGUUGACAGAAGAGAGUUUCCAGGCCUGCCACCUCACACUGACCCUCGACGACUAUCUCUUCAUCGCCUUCGUUGGCUUCGUCGUCUCCAUCGCCUCGGUGGCCACCAACUUCCUACUGGGCAUCACGGCCAACUGCUGCCACCGCUGGAGCAAGGCCAGCGAGGAUGAGGAUGUUUAG